AUGUUCACCCCGGCCAAGGUUACAUUCACUUCUCGCAGCUACAAGCUUGCAGACCACUUCUUUCCUCCUGUUAUCGAUUCUCCCGCCCUUUCUGGAGCAGCUGUCGUCAUUGCCCACCCUUGGACCUCAGUCAAAGAACACUCACCUGCCCACUACGCUCGCGUCCUUUCUCAGGCCGGCUUCUAUUGCCUCGCCCAUGACGCGGCCUACCAAGGAGAAUCCGAAGGAGAGCCCCGCUACCUCGAAGACCCUGGCCAGGGGGUUGAGGACAUCAAAUCGGCGGUCACGUACCUCGCCAGCCGCGAUGAAAUCGACUCUGAGAAAAUCGGCGUUCUAGGAAUCGGCGCAUCAGGCGGCUACGUCUCCUUCACAGCACAAACCGAUCUCCGAAUCAAGGCUGUCGCCAUCUCUGCCGGCGUCCGCUCGGGCACAAUGGGGCGCCGCGGUCUCGACAAGGACGGGUCCAACCUUGACAUCCUCCGCACCCAGCUCGAGGCCGCUGCCAGAGACCGCAGCAGCGGGAGAGAAGGUUGA